CUCACCUUCAUAUCACGCGCCCUUUCCCGCCUCUAAUUCCUCUCCAGUCAACUCCCACGCGCUACUCAAGAAUCAUUCCCCCCCACACGCGCAUUGGAAGAAUUUUGCCCUAAUCGCCUGCAAGUUCUCUAUCUAUAUCGCUCCCUCACCAUCCAUCAUGCUUCAUCCUUCCACCUUCAUUUUCUCUAUCUUAUCUCCGUCCAAACGACGUCGUUUUGUUAAUCGCCAAUUCCGAUCUUCUCGAAUUAAAGAUGGAACCCAUGGAUAUUGUUGGUAAAGCUAAAGAGGACGCUUCCUUACCCAAAGCUACUAUGACUAAAAUAAUUAAGGAGAUGUUGCCUCCGGAUGUACGUGUUGCGAGAGAUACUCAAGAUCUUUUGAUAGAGUGCUGUGUAGAGUUUAUUAAUCUUAUUUCAUCCGAAUCAAACGAAGUUUGUGGUAGAGAAGAUAAAAGAACAAUUGCACCAGAACAUGUUCUCAAGGCAUUAGAGGUUCUUGGGUUUGGGCAUUACAUAGAAGAAGUUUAUGCAGCAUAUGAACAGCACAAACUCGAAACAGUGGAUACAGUUAGAGGUGUAAAGUGCACAACUGGGGCCGAGAUGACCGAAGAAGAAGCAUUAGCAGCACAGCAGAGAAUGUUUGCAGAGGCACGUGCUCGAAUGAAUGGUGUUGCAACAGCCUCUAAACCGCCUGAAACCGAACCAAGUUUAAACAGCUAACCUUAUAUAACCCUUAAAUUAGGCAAAGUAUCCUUACAAACAUCCUAGUUAUCUAUAGUGUACAAAGUCCUUUUGAGCUUAGUUCAUCGUCAUCUUUUAGAAUUUUUGUUGUAAUCUGUAGUGCCAAUUAAUGUCCAUAUGUUUGCUGAAGUAAGGCUUAGUCAAAGCUGCCUCUUAUUUGUUGGGCAUGCUGCAGUUGUGAACGAUUUAUUGUUCAAAAACAAUAUAGAAGUUUGCUUACCUUAA